CACCUCUGCUGUUCCCGCUAAAGAGAUCCUUCUCUUGUGGAGUGAAGACUACUACAGGCUAUAAAUGAAAUGAAUGAAAGUGGAGGGGAGUCCGCAGAAAACAGUCGGAGGGAGAAGCAGAGGGCCGGGCCACACAGAGAAAGGGACCACUCAGCGACGAGACCCAGCUGUGAGAGCAGAGCGCUCCAGCACGGCCGUGGACAGUGGGAGGAGAGCCUAGGGGCGCGGAGGCUGAGUGCCUGCACUCGGACCCCAGAUCACGGGAGUCUCCCGAGCUUGGGACGCACGGUCCGAGGGCACAUCGCACGCACCUCGGUGUCCUGCUCACGGCCACCAGCGAUGAGUGAGAGCAGCCGCCUGUGCUCGGGCUACUACAGCCUCAACCGCAGCUUCGUGGAGCCCUUCCAGUGCCCGCGGCGCGGCGAUGGGGCCGCGCUGCUCUACUGCUGCGGCUUCGCAGACCUCAAGUACUGCUGCAGCGAGCCGGGCAGCUACUUCCCCUACAAGCACAGCUACAUGUGGAGCCUCAGCAUUGGUGCUCUGAUUGGAUUGGGAAUUGCUGCCCUGGUUUUACUUGCCUUUGUCAUCAGCGUCUGUGUCCUUUGCUACUUAUUUCUGUACACAAAGCCUCAAAGAUUGGACAAUGGCCUUAAACUUCAGCACCUGGAGGUAUCUUCUACCCUAGAAGGAAACUUCAAUAGAAAAACCAAAGGCCUCAUUUCAAACGCAGCAUCAAAUUCAACAAAUGAGACGGUCUAUGAAGCCGAAGAUGUAACGCAAGAAAAAACAAUGGAUGCAACACAAAUAAAUAUUGCUUAUUAGCUAAAAUUCCUGUUCUAAAAGCUUACUGGAGAGGUGGACCAUUAAGAAUAAAGAAUGUAUUCUACUUUGACUUUUUGAGAUGGGGUCUCUCUACAUAGCCUUGACAAUCCUGGAACUCACUGUAUAGACUAGGACAGUCAACUUGCCUCUGCCUUCUGAGUACUGGGAUCAAAGAAUGCAUUUUCAAUAAGCUUCUAACAUUGCCUCUUAAGUCUUUGCCACUCACAAAGCAAGAUCAGCUUUAGCUUUAAUUAACUCAUUUAUUAAGCACUUAUUGAGGUUCUGAUAAAUGUUUAUGUGGUUAAGUUUCCUUUGUAAAGUUUCUGUAUGACAUGAAACUAUGCUAUUUCUUCAAAAUAAAGAGUUUAGUAAUAACAGAAAAACAAA